AUGGGUUCGGAUGCAGCGGUAGCGAUCUCAGCACCAGGUAAAGUCUUGCUGGCAGGCGGAUACUUGGUGCUGGAUCGCGCUCAUACUGGCCUGGUAUUCGGCCUGGACGCUCGUAUACAUGUGUUGAUCGAGGACAUUCCGACAAGCAAUGGCAUUGUUCUCAAUGAGAUCACUGUCAGAUCGCCGCAGUUCCUUGAUGCGGUCUGGGAGUAUGGCUAUCGAUUGUCCGAACGAGACGGCGGCAUCGAAGUGACCCAAUUGAGAGUCGAUGCAGACCUCAACCUCAAUCGCAACCCGUUUGUCGAGACCACACUCGGCUAUGCCUUGAGCUACAUCACAAGCUUGGCUGGAUCCGGUAUCACACCAGCCGCCAUUACGAUCCUUGCCGACAACGACUACUACUCCACGCCUGCUGAGAUAUCCGGUGCAGGAGCUGUAGCGACCACCCGCUUCCACAACUUCAGCUUACCACUUUCGAAGGCACCCAAGACUGGCUUAGGAUCAUCCGCAGCACUGGUCACUGCAGUCACAGCCGCUCUCCUGACUUACUAUCUGCCACGGUCGAAGUUCGACUUGAAAAAGGACGAAAGCAAGAAGCGCCUGCACAACCUAGCUCAAGCUGCUCAUUGCGCGGCCCAAGGCAAAGUCGGCUCUGGCUUCGAUGUGGCGUCGGCUGUAUAUGGAACCUGCCUAUACCGACGCUUCUCACCUGGGCUGCUCUCCAACCAUGCCGAACCAGGUGUUCCCAAAUUUGCAACAGAGCUUCGAGACAUCGUCGAGGAGAACCACCACAAGAUCAAGUGGGAUACCGAGAUCCAGAAGGAUGUGGUGAAGAUUCCGGAAGGACUGAGGCUGGUCAUGUGUGAUGUAUCUUGUGGCAGCAAGACUCCUGGCAUGGUCAAGCAAGUCCUCGCCUGGCGCAAGGAGACAGUCGAAGAGGCCAACGCGAUCUGGAGUGAUCUGGACGAAGCAAAUCAGACAUUAGCAAAGGCAUUAAAGGCAGCCACCGAGGCUGACGGCGCAGACAAGUACAAAGAGCUGAAGAGUGCCAUCACUCGCAUCCGCGAGCUCAUACGACUUAUGUCGGAGAAGUCUGGUGUUCCGAUUGAGCCGCCCGCGCAGACGAAGCUGCUUGAUGCCUGCGAGAAAGUGCCAGGCGUAAUUGGAGGUGUUGUGCCUGGCGCGGGAGGCUACGAUGCUAUAUCGCUACUGAUUGAUGACAACGUUGACACGGUUGGUAGACUCGAGGAGCUUUUUGCAGGGUGGCAGUUCGAGAGCGAGGAGGGCGGGCGUGGUAAGGUUAGUAUGUUGGGUGUGCGGGAGGAGAUGGAGGGUAUUAAGCAAGAAGGCGUAAAGUCUUAUCAUCAGUGGAUGAAGGCAUUCGUAGACUUUUAG